AUGACGACCACGGAGGCGCAAAACCUCACCGAGCAGUGCGACUGGUUCAGCGGGGAGAACCGAACUGAGCCGCGCGUAACCGAGCAGCUGGACGCCUCCGGUUGCCUCUUUCUGUCUGUAGUGCCCUACGGACAGGCGGUUCCAGCACUCAUAUGGACUUUUGUGGCGUUGACUCUCUUCUCACUUCUGGUCAACGGGUUUACCCUGUUCGGAGUCGGACGGUCCGAGGACCUCUCGUGGGAGCCUCGCGUUGCAUUCUUAAAGAAUCUGAUUCUGAGCGACCUGAUGCAGACUUUCACCUUCGCUCCGGCGGUCAUCCACUCACUAGCUCAACGCCGGACGAUGGCGUUCAGCAUCUGGUGUUACGUCCAGUACUUUGUGGGGACCUGCAGUAUUUUCUCCAGCCUUGUCACCAUCAUGUGCAUGGCGCUGGAGCGCUACUUGUACGUGUGCCACGCCAUCCACUACUUGGUCAUCAUCACUCAGCGGCGCCUGCGGCUAGUCCUGAGCCUUAUUUGGGUCUACUCCAUCUCCAUCAGCAGCAUCAACAUGGUGUUGCUGCACACGGGGUCAGAGCAGAAGAAUGAACAGGUGACCAGGGGGCUGCUGUGCGAGCCGGACAUGAUGGAGCAGCACAUGGGUUUCCCGCAUGCCGCUGCCGUCUUUCGCAAACUGGCUGGUUCCUGUACUCUGCUGCUGUGCCUGCUGGUCUACAUGUUCUCCUACUUGAGGAUGUACCAGGACGCGCGCAAGGCGAUGGUACCGUUCAACACGGUCAACACCGCAGCUCGCAAGACUGUGCUGUUCUACUGCGGCAUGCUGGUCCUGCAGCUGCUGCCGCUGCUGCUCAAAGUCACCUCGGAUGCAUUGUGGGAGAUUGAGGGGACCGAGGCUAUGAUGGCACAGUCCCCUCAAUCUCAAGGUGCGCGCCAGGCGACGGUGGCAACUAUGCCGGCCACGGCGGCCGCGCUCCACAUGUCUUUGCUGAUGUUGCUUUUAGUGCCACCAUGCAUCAACCCGCUGGUGUACGGGAUGAGGAACGUCGAGAUAAGGAUGUCGCUGCUCAACCUGUGCCGGUGGCGGACGGAGAGGAGGGGCGCGGGUGUGCCCCGAAUGGAAGACAUAAGAGUUGGAAACGUGCGUCAAAAAGGAGCUCAGGCGGGAUAA